CAUGUCAAAUAUUGUCGAAAACAAUUCGGAGGAAACAGAAGUGCCCCAAUGUUCUAUUCAUGAUGCUGGUGAUGGAGCUGAUUUAACCUCAUUUUCAAUACAUAAAAUAUCAAGAAAAGAGGAUGCAAUUUCCCCAGAACCUAAGAAAUUGAGGAACGAUCCAACCUUAAAAUAUGAACAAGUUUAUCUACGUGCAAUUCCAAAGGCUUCGCAAUAUGAAAAAUCAUUUAUGCACAGAGAUACGAUUACACACGUUUUGGCAACAGAAAAAGAUUUUAUAGUAACGGCAAGUCAAGAUGGACACUUGAAAUUUUGGAAGAAAAAGCACAAUGAAGGAAUUGAAUUUGUUAAACAUUUUCGAUGUCAUUUAAAAGAAUUUUCUGAUAUAACUGUCAACCAUAAUGGUUCUUUAAUUGCUACAUGUUGCACACAAGAUCGUUCUGUCAAAGUUUUUGAUGUCGUUAAUUUUGAUAUGAUUAAUAUGUUUAAAUUUGAAUUUAAUCCAAGAAUUGUUUGUUUUGUUCAUCAAGGUUCUGAUCUUGUCAAUGCUCUAGCUGUUUCUGAUGCCCGUUCUGGUAAUAUAAUUAUUGUUGACUCCAAUGGGAAUAAUGAACCAAUUUAUCUGCUUGAUAAGCUACACCAACGGCCUGUUAUUUUAAUGCAGUAUGCAGCAAUUCCCGAUGUUACAAUUUCUAUAGAUGACAUGGGAAUGAUUGAAUAUUGGUCUGGAACAAAAUCAAAUUAUGAAUUUCCUACUUCUGUUGAUUUCAAAUAUAAAAUGGAUACAGAUUUGUAUGAAUUUUGUAAGAUAAAACAAAUUCCACGUUCAAUGUCAAUAAGUCCAAAUGGAAGAAUAUUUGCCAUUUUUGCUAGCAAUUGUUUUAUUUAUAUUUUUAAUUUAUUAAGUGGCAAAAUAAUUUUAAAAUUGGAUGAAACGAUUGAAAAAUAUAUUCAAAUGGGAAAUGAAACAAAGUUUGAAAUUUUUAAUGAUUUUUAUUAUUUUUAA